AUGAACCAUCUGUACCACGUGUGGUGCCUGGUCCUGGUGACCGCGUCGCUGUACUUCGCGCCGGCUCCCGUUCAAUCGACCAUCGUCUUGACGCACACGAACAUGGAGAACUCGACCAUGUACGCCGGCACCCGGGUCAAGAAACGAACAGGAGAUGAAUCGAACGAUCAAGCGACCGCGGAAUCGUACUGGACACCGGGACACAUACAGAGCGUGUCGGAAGAAGAUCUGACGCCGUACGCUCAACCCGAAAACGCUUUCCCGUCUGCCCACGGACUCGUCCAGACCCAUCCGGCCACGUUUUCCGGAUUCGGAAGCAUUUCCGAAGUGUCGCACAAUAAUUUGCCACCACUGGGGUACUCAUCACUAGACUUCGACAGAAGAGGUCUCGAAGAGUUACGCAAGAACGCCGAGUUCUCGUCGCCGGAAGAAUGCGCGAGGGCUUGUCGCGACGGAGAGCCACCCAGGAUAUGUUAUUACCAUUUCACCGCGGAGUUAUACAACGUGCUGGGAGCGGCUUGUCAAGUGUGCACGCCGAACGCGACCAACACUUUGUGGAGCCACUGUCAGUGCGUGUUGGCCGACGGUGUCGAAAGAGGAAUGCUGGCCAUAAACCGUAUGCUACCCGGUCCAACUAUACAGGUCUGCGAAGGAGACAAGGUAGUCGUUGAUGUGCUGAACCACAUGCAAGGUCUGGAGCUGGUCAUCCAUUGGCACGGACUUCACCAACGGAACACGCAGUACAGCGAUGGCGUGCCAUACGUCACCCAGUGUCCCAUACACGAGGGAAACACGUUCAGAUACCAAUUUGACUCCAACAGUGGUACUCAUUUCUGGCACGCGCAUUCCGGACUACAGAAAAUCGACGGGAUCUACGGUAGCAUCAUAGUGCGACAGCCGCCCUCCCAAGACCCCAACAGUCACCUGUAUGAUUACGAUUUGACCACGCACGUGGUACUGUUGUCUGACUGGCUUCACGAGGACGCGAUGGAACGAUUCCCCGGAAGAUUGGCCGCGAACACCGGACAGGACCCUGAGUCGAUAUUGAUCAACGGCAAAGGACAAUUCACGGAUCCCAACACCGGGUUCAGCACGAACACACCACGGGAGACUUUCACAAUCACGCCGGGUAGAAGAUAUCGAUUCAGAAUGAUCAACGCGUUGGCAUCCGUGUGCCCCGCUCAGCUAACCAUCCAAGGACAUCCUCUAGUACUGAUCGCCACGGACGGCGAGCCUGUGCAGCCUGUCGUCGUCAACACGAUCAUCUCGUUCUCCGGUGAGAGAUACGACUUUGUCAUCAACGCAGACCAACCGGUCGGCGCGUACUGGAUCCAGGCCAGAGGUCUUGGCGAGUGCGGAAACAAGCGCGUACAACAGUUGGGCAUACUCAGGUAUGCGAGAGGACCGUACCAACCGAAAUCCAAGGCACCCACUUACGACAUCGGUCUGCCGCAAGGAGUUGUAAUGAAUCCAUUGGAUGCUGUCUGUGAUCGUCCCAGAACCGAUGCUAUCUGCGUGAACCAAUUGAAAAACGCCAAAGUUGUGGACAAAGGACUUUUGCAGGAAAGACCCGACGUGAAAAUAUUUUUGCCAUUCAAAUUCUUGUUCUACAGACCCGACGAACUCUUCCAGCCUCAUCAGUACAACAAAUACUUGGUCGCUCCCGGCGGUGGAGACCACGUUAUCAGUUUAGUCGAUGAAAUCUCUUACACAUCACCGGGAUCACCUAUGCUUUCCCAAAUUGACGAUAUACCUCCAGAAUCAUUCUGUAACGGAGACAACAAACCAGCCAACUGUGGCAGGAAUUGUAUGUGUUCACACAAAGUCGAUAUUCCCAUGCACGCUGUUGUUGAAGUUGUGUUAGUCGACGAAGUUCAACAGCCUAACUUGAGUCAUCCGUUCCAUUUACACGGUUACGCAUUUAAUGUCAUCGGUAUGGGAAGAUCACCUGACAAGAAUGUGAAAAAGAUCAACUUGAAACACGCCCUUGAUCUGGACCGAAGAGGUCUACUAGACAGACAUUUCAAUUUACCACCAGCUAAGGACACGAUAGCUGUGCCUAACAAUGGAUACGUUGUAUUCCGAUUCAGAGCCGAUAACCCGGGCUACUGGCUGUUCCAUUGUCAUUUCUUGUUCCACAUCGUAAUCGGUAUGAACUUGGUGCUGCACGUCGGCACGCACGCCGACUUACCACCGGUCCCCGAGAAUUUCCCACGCUGCGGCGACUUUUUACCUCCGGUCAGUUUUCACUGAUCGCGUUCAUCAUACGUCAGUUCAAAAUCAAGUGCUCAUAUAUAAGUAAAUAUACGCAACGCGGUAACCACGGUCAGAGAAACGACAAAAGAAAAGAUAUGCACCCACAGCGUGUGCAUGUGUUUUUUUUUAU